AUGGCAGAAACAGGGAUCAAUGAAAAAAGUCAUUUCCCUUUACAUGAAAAAGCAGAAGCAUCAGACCUAAACAAUCAAGUUGAAAAUAUAGUUACCAAACCAGAUGAAUCAUAUCAAAACAGUACAGCUUGUCUCAGCCAGAAUUUGGAAGACCAACCAUUGAAGUCUCUACCUGAUUUAAACCAAGAGAAUGCAGUCAAUACACACAACGCUGAAUCACAAGAAAGACCAAUGACUCAAGAGUCUCGACAAACUUUGACCAAUGAAGCAACAGAUCAUGCUCCAAUUGAUAUUACUGUGGCCAACGAUAUACUCGAAAAGGAAACAGAAGAUGUGGAAGUUGACAAUAGAAGUGAGGAGAAACCGGAGGAAGAUUCAGCAAAGUUAAUGGAAAUUGACGAGGGGGGAGAUACUGUUGAAGAGAAGAAAAGCGAGGCCAGUGUCAAGCAAAUGCCAGCAGAGACUGUAGAUGAUAAAAAGGAACCAGAGGAGACUCUUGAUGACAAGAAAGAUAUAGAGGAUUCUAACGAACUUGGAGCAUCUACACUAAGCAACUUACCUGAAAUUGAUGCUACCGAAAAAUUGGAAGCCUUUUCUGACGACGACAUAAAUGUUGAUGAUAUAUCCUCAGAGGAAAAUGAAAAUGACGAAAGCCUGCAAAGUGAAAGUGAAAGUGACUCAAACACUUCAACAGAUGAGGAAAUGUCCGAUACCGAUACCAAUCAUGCAAAUGAGGACAUAGGAGAUGAUGAAGAAGGAGAAACAAAUGAAGGACCAAUCAAGUCAGCUAAUGAAAUUAAUGAAAAAGCACCAACACUACCAGAAAAUUACCAAAUACCAAAUAAUUCACCGAUAGAGGAAAUAGGAACUAUUACCGGACUUGUUGAUAAUAGUGUUUUAAUAACAGCAAAAUAUUCAGGAGAAUUUCGAAUACUAAAAGAAGAAUCUAUAUUUUGUUUUGACGACCGAACAGUGAUAGGACCAUUGUUUGAGAUUUUUGGUAGAGUUCAACAACCAAUAUAUAGUGUGAAAUUCAACAGCCCGGAAGAAUUUGCAAAGUUUAAGGAUAGUAAAGGAAAAACGGUUUUUUAUGUUGUAUCAGAUUCUCAAUUUUUAUAUACUGAUUCAAUAAAAUAUUUAAAGGGAACUGAUGCAAGUAAUUGUCAUGAUGAAGAAAUUCCUGAAGAAGAACAAGAAUUUAGUGAUGAUGAGCAAGAGCAAGCAGCCAAGCAAGCUAAAAAGAAAAGAAAAAACAAACAAAACAAAGGUGCAAGGGACAACGCCAACAAUGAUAAUAAAGGUAAAAAAGUGCAUAAGCCAAAUGAAAAUCAUAUUACUGCUCAUCGGGCACAUAUACCAUCUUAUUCUCCGAUAAGUCAAACGUAUCACCCAAGAAACCAAAAUAAUUAUCAACUACCUCAAAUACCAAUUCAAUCGUACCAGUCCCCUCCUCAACCAUCAGCGUAUGGGGUUCCAUAUAAUCCUAACCAACACAAUUUUAAUCAUGCCCCUCAACAACCAUCUGGAUACCGUCCAUAUGGUCAAGCAAUGCCAUAUCAAGUACCACAACAAUAUCCUCAACAAUACGGUGCACUCCAGCAAAAUCAGCCUUCACCAUACGGACAAUACUCAAAUCCUCAAAGCCAAUAUCAACAACAGCAGGAACAACAAUUACCGUAUCAAUCUAUACCGCAACCACAACAUGGCGCCCCAACGUCGAAUCAAAAUGUUGAUCCUGCUCAAUUAGCUCAUUUACAACGGUUAUUAUUACAACAACUUCAAAAUCAAGCCAACCAACAGAAUCAAUCUUUCCAAUAA